CGGAGGGCGUGCGCAGGCGCGAGCGGCGCUGCGCAGGCGGCGGUUGAAGCGGCGAGACGCAGUGCCGACCAUGACCCAGCAGGGCGCGGCGCUGCAGAACUACAACAACGAGCUGGUCAAGUGCAUCGAGGAGCUGUGUCAGAAGCGAGAGGAGCUGUGCCGGCAGAUCCAGCAGGAGGAGGACGAGAAGCAGCGACUGCAGAACGAGGUGAGGCAGCUGACGGAGAAGCUGGCCCGCGUCAACGAGAACCUGGCGCGCAAGAUCGCCUCUCGCAACGAGUUCGACCGGACCAUCGCGGAGACGGAGGCCGCCUACCUCAAGAUUCUGGAGAGCUCACAGACUCUGCUCAGUGUUCUGAAAAGGGAAGCCGGGAACCUGACCAAGGCCACAGCCUCAGACCAGAAGAGCAGUGGAGGCAAGGACAGCUGAUGGGCAGGGGCCUGUUUCAGCUGUGCCCCAUGACCACUCAGCCCCUCAGCACAUCUGUCUUAAAGCAUCCUCUUCAUGGCAGCAGCUGCCUUCUCACUGUUUCAGGUGCCCAGAGGGGCUGCUGCCAACCUCUAUCAGCCUAGGGUGACAAGAAAAACCUUAGGCACAGCCUACAGAGGGUGGGAGGGGUCCUACCUCUGUAUUCAUAUGGGCUAUGGGGAUGUUGGACUCCAGGUAAGCUCUGCAAGGGGCCUCUCUUUUGAAGCCCCCAUGUUCCCUUGGGCUGCUAAAAAGAUCCUGGUUCUAGUUUGAGCACUGGGGGAGGCCCUUCCUUUGUCCCUUUUCAGCCAGCAGGGUACCAGGACAGACAAGUGGGGAAAAGGGCCUCCCUCACCCCAGACUCAAACUGUCAAUAAAGGCUGUUUUUGUA